GUUUUUAAUUAGUUCGGGCUGUUUUUGUAAUAAUUUUUGUUGUUUAUUGGCCUUAGUUAGAUGUGGGAGAGACCACAUGCAUCCUCACUGAGAUGCAAUAGAAGCCACUAGAUGGCAUCCCCGGUAGGGGGAGACUUUCCAUCAAAAGUCAAAAUAUGGGACUCGUCACUCUCUUUCUUGCGGGAGUUGCUUGCCUGUUGAAUUGAACCGGAAAAAAAAGAAAAAAAGAAAAAAGAAAAAAGAAAAAAGCAAAAGUAACUUGGAGCACCAAAAAAGCGAAAAAAAAGAACAAAAAAAGGAUAACAGACGUUGGAAGCAAAGAACUUCUUCUCUCAGUUGGGACCGUAACACAAACACUCUUUGCGCAGCACACGAAACGCCACGCCUGCCCUAUGUUUUUCACCAUUUUCCUUUCCCUUUUUCUCUUCUUUUCUUGGACAUUUUCUCAGCUUAUUCCUUCCAAACAUUAGCCCAUUUAUUAAAUUUCCAUUUAUUUUAAUGGUUUUUGAUUCACUGUUUAUGCUAACGGGAUGGGAGCUCAGAAGAGCAUCCAUGCUGGUAAAGCCAAGAUUGAUGUUAAUGUCGAUUUCACUCAUAAGCUUUGCGCUUCCUUGAUGGUUCCUCAUCUCAGGAGCAGCAAUGGAAGCCCUCUGUCUUUAAUAGUAGGAAGUCUUUGCAUCAAACAUCCAAACUUAUUUGGUGGAAGCGAGAAGCUUGAUGUAUCUUGGGAUAAAGGGCUGUAUGAUUCUAAUGUCUUAGUAGCUUAUAGAAGGCCAAGACCCGAAUGGCUAGCUCAGCAGUCUUUCAUAAUUCAGCACUCUCUUUCACCUGAGAUUGGGGUCCAUGGUGUCCCUGUUGAUAAUUUCUCCCGUUCGGGUAGUGGAGGUGUGAAUUUGUCUAAGCUAUCAGUUGGGAUGGAUCUGAAUGAGCCUGCAAGUUCCAAAUGGAGUAGCACAACAAGCAUAAAGUUCGAGCAUGUUCGUCCAUUGAAUGAUGAUGGCCACUCUAUAACCCGAGAUGUAGAUGGAUUCCCUGUGACAUGCAGUGGAAGGCUUCAUGAUAGUAUGGUUGUUCUAAAGCAAGAAUCUCGAUUUGCGAAGGCAAACGAUUCCAGCUUUUGUCAUUUUAGUCUACAAAUAGAGCAAGGGGUUCCAGUUCUAUCCAAGUGGCUAAUAUUCAACCGGUUUAAGUUUGUUGCGUCAAAGGGAGUCAAAGUUGGGCCAGCAUUUCUCUUGACAAAGAUGACGGGCGGUUCCAUUGUGGGGGACAUGGCUCCUUACCAAGCAUUUGCAAUUGGGGGUCUUGGUAGUGUGCGAGGCUAUGGUGAGGGUGCAGUUGGAUCUGGGAGAUCUUGUCUUGUUGCUAAUAGUGAAUUGACAUUUCCUGUGAGCAAAAUGUUGGAAGGUGCUGUUUUCUUGGACUGUGGAACCGACUUGGGGUCUGGUCAUCUUGUACCUGGAAAUCCAGCCUUGAGGCAGGGGAAACCAGGAUCGGGAUUCGGGCUCGGUUAUGGCCUCCGUCUUAAAUCACAGUUUGGCCAUUUUCAAGUUGAUUACGCCAUUAAUGCAUUCCAACAAAGAACUCUUUACUUUGGCCUAAGCAAUCUUGCUUCAUGAUCAGCUUAUGCCCCAGGCCACUAAUUCAUGCAAUUUCCAUGUCUGUACGGUGUUUUCCCGUUCCAAAGAUACUGGAUCGACGGUCUUUUUCGUCGUUGGUUAUGAAGUUUUGGAGUCUGGAAUAUUCAAAGCCAUUCAAGUUCAUCUCCUGUAUUUGGGAAGUAACUUUGCAAUGGAAAAGCACUAAUUUCACCAUAUUUGUCUUUUCCAUUUUUUUCUUCGAGGAAAAGUAAUAGCCCUUUAGAUUUGUUAUUUAUUUUAGAACACUAAAUUUAUUCUGUUCAGUAAACGUAAUUCUUACUGCACAAGAAAAAAAAGAAAAAAAACAUCGUUAUUGUAAAUACAUUACUGAAUAAUA